UUGUCAGCUCUGUUACUGGAGAGAAGUCUCUGUACCAGACCCCUAACUGUUAAAGGGAAUAAUUUUGAUGUGUAUAUUUACUUCUUUAUUAUGGGUAUGGACAGCUGUGAACAGGACCCAAGGCAGUCAGGUAGUUUUCAGUUAUGUAGAGUGUUUCGCUCCCACGCCAUGGAAGUCGACCAGCGUCUGCUGGACACAUUGCCCCUGGGCCAGCUGAUGCUGAGGCGGGUCCGCUGUGACCAGAUACAGGCCUACUAUGAGCGAGAGAAGGUCUCACAGAAGCAGAUGGAGCCCAAGAAGAUGCAGAAAGUCACUUUUCCCAAGUCAGACCUUCUCCAGGAGGCCAUUGUACAUCACAACCAUAAGGAAGUCCUGCAGCUGCUGAGGGAUGGAGUCGACCCCAAAACCAUCAUUCCCUCUGGAGGGUCCCUGCUUCAUCUGUGUGCCCGUCACAACAACGCUCUCGCCGCUGAGGUGCUGAUCGCCUGCGGGCUGAGUGUGGACCAGCAGGAUGACGACCUCUGGACGCCUCUGCACAUGGCCUGUGCUUGCGGGAGCUCGGACUCAGCUCUGCUCCUCCUGACGGCUGGUGCCAAUGUGUUGCUGCAGGACAUCUAUGGAAACUUCCCAAUGGACUACACUGUGGAAGGAACUGAGACGAAUUACAUUCUUAUGAAGUACCUGAAAAUGAAAAGUCUGGAUUUGGACAUCCUGCACCUCCUGAAGUCCCAGUGCCAGUCAUCUAUGCUAUCUGAUGUCCAGCACCUUCUGGCCACUGAGGGGAGUGUCAAUGAAGUCAAUGACGAAGGUGUCACAUUGCUGCACAUGGCCUGUGCCAGUGGCUUUGAGGACGUUGUCUCUCUGCUGCUGGAGGCUGGAGCGGAUCCCCAGGUAGCCGAUGACAGCUCCUCCACACCUCUCCACCUGGCUGCCAGAUACGGACAGAUCAGCAUUGUGGCAAAACUGCUCAGGCAUGGAGCAGAUCCCAGUCUACUCAACCACAACAAGGACAGGCCUUCAGGACCCACCUUGCCCUCCCCAUCUAAGCAGGACAGCAUUGCGGAGAGGGAGACUAUGUUGAGGGAGAGUCCUCAGGCACUGCCAUCUUCCCGCUCAUCUAGGAGUACGGAAAGGCCAAGCCAGCUAGAGCAGGUGAAGCUCGUGCCUCCAGCUCCAAACGAUGACCUCGCUUCCCUUAGCGAAUUAACUGACAGCAGCCUUCUGUAUGAAAUGCAAAAGCGCUUCAGCAACAACCAGAUCUAUACAUAUAUUGGUCACAUUCUUCUGAUUCUUAAUCCCAACAAAGGUCUCCCCAUUUAUUCAGCACUGGUGAGCCAGCUGUACUACCGCCCCAGGGGACAUCCCUGCCCCAGCCUGCCCCCCCACAUCUUCUCCUCCGCGGAAAGAGCCUUCCGGGCAAUGCUGCGGGAAGGACGGCCACAGUGCUUCGUCCUGAGCGGAGAAAGCGGUUCCGGGAAGACUGUGGCCUCUCAGCAUAUUGUGCAGCACCUGACUGUCCGCUCCGGCCCCGAGGACUUUGCUCUGGGUCCCCAGAUGGAGCAUAUAAACUGUAUUCUUGAAGCAUUCAGUCAUGCGAAAACCGAAAUGAACGGCAGCUCCAGUCGCUUCAUUAAGUUCCUUUCGCUUCAGUACAAGGAGAAGACAUUGACUGGAGGCAGGCUAUAUAUAUACCUCUUUGAGAAGUCACGGCUCAUCUCUCCACCACAAUAUCAGAGAAACUUUAAUAUCUUCUACCUGAUAGCAGAGGGCAUGUCCUCAGAGGAGAAGAGCCGUCUCUAUCUCAACAGUGUACUCACACACAGGUACCUGAGUCAGGGCACACCAGGAGACAUGGCGGAGGAGGCUGCACCUAGCGAGCAAAGCCGGGAAAGGCUGGCAUCCCUGAGACAAGCUCUACAGGGUGUGGGCUUCAGUAUCCCGGAUGUGGAGAACCUGUUUGUGCUUCUCUCAGCGAUCCUGCACUUAGGGGACCUGUGCUUCACUGGGGCGCCGGAUGAGGACGGAGCAUCCGUGUUGGAUUCCUGCAUGCUGGAACGAGUGUCAGACAUGCUGCAGGUGAGCCCCGAGGACUUGAGCUCCGCCCUGACAUCAGACGUGACAUACAUUAAAGGUGAUGUCAUCACAAGGCAACACACGGUGGAGAUGUCCAGCAGCUACAGGGAUUGCCUGGCUAAGUCUUUAUACAAUCAUCUCUUCAACUUCCUGGUGAAUAUCAUCAACCGUCACCUGCAGGAUCAAGAGAGGGACAAAAGUAAUUCUGGACUCGAAAUUGAUAUUUUGGACAUUUUCGGUUUUGAAGAUUUCCAGAAGAAUAGUUUUGAACAGCUCUGUGUCAACAUGACCGAUGAGAAGAUCCACCAAUAUGUGACGGAAGUACUUUUCAUGGACGAGCAGAGGGACUGUCUACAGGAAGGAGUUGCUAUGGAAACUUCGUACCAUCCUCGAAACCAGUCCUCCAUUCUAGAUUUCUUUUUCCAGGCACCCCACGGUCUGUUCUCUGUUCUUGAUGCGGAGAGUCGCAGCCCCUGUCCAGAGGAGCUGUCUUUCUACAGGAGGCUGCAGGCCAGCCAGGAUGCCGGCAGUGCGGCUGGGGUACUCCUGUCCCCCAAAGACAGCAAUGGCAACCCUCCAGCGGGGAACCAGGGGCCCACAUUCACCGUCACUCACUAUGCCGGCACGACAACCUAUGACCUUACAGGAUUACUUGAGAGAAACAAGGACAACUUCCCCCAAAGCCUUCUCCUCGUGAUGAAAUCCAGUGAGAACAUCCUCAUCAAUCAAAUGUUCAAGUACAAGAUGGCACAUACUGGAGUGCUGCUUCCACCAUCUGACUGCUUCAAGACUCAUGGGCAUAAAGCUGGUCAAUUUCAUCCUCAGCCAACAUCGGCGUGUGCGGCCCUGGAUGAUAAGUACAGGGACAUCAGCAAGCUGCUGCAGAAGGAUGGAACGACCUCCUUACUGCAAAGGCUGGAGGAAAACGGACGCAUGACAGUGGCAGCCCAGUUGGCGAAUUCACUCUCUGAGAUCACCAGCAAACUGAAAGGCUGUGCCCCUCACUUCAUCCACUGCAUCAAACCCAACGACAGCAAACGGCCUGACUUCUUCAACAGCCAAUAUGUUUCCUCUCAGCUUCAACAUGUGGGUGUCCUGGAGAUGGUAAAGAUGAUCCGCUAUGGAUACCCUGUCCGACUGUCAUUCACCAGCUUCCUGGCCCAAUACCAGGAUUUGGCUGCCACCAUUCUAAAAGACAAGAGAAUGUCUUCUGUGGAGAAGUGUCGCCAUGUUCUACAGCACUGCAAGCUCCAGGGAUGGAAGAUUGGUCAGACCAAGGUGUUCCUGAAGUUCUGGCAAGCCAAGCAGCUUGAUGACCAGUGCCACCAGAUGCAAAGAAGGAUCAUAAUGUGCCAAAAAGUGGUGCGUGGCUGGCUGGCCCGAAAGCACAUGCAGCGCAGGGCACUGGCUCACCAGAUGAGCACCGGCGGCUCCCAGAACUUCUCAUGCGGGUCAGAGGAGCAGAGCCAGAUGGCGUACGACGGCCCCGUUAGCCAGAGCGAUGUUGCCCAUAAGAUCGGUGCCCUUCGCAAGCAGCUUGCCAGCCUGCGCCUUGUGGACCCGCAGGAGUUAGUGGAAAAGGCCAGGGAGAUCCACACAAGGGAUGCAAACAAGAGUGUGAAGGUCAACGAAGACAGCACAGAGAGGAGUCGUAUUCUGAGGAACUUCUGCUCCAGCUCCGUGCCCCUACCCCUAGCCGUAGACAGCUUGGUACAUUCUGCUGCUGGGUUAUCAAUCAAGCCCCCAUCCCAGCAGACAGAAGGAGGGGGAAGCGGCAGUUGCCUGUCAUCUCCAAGGAAACAGCCUCCUCCCAAACCAAAGAGAGACCCCAACACCAGGCUGAGCACCUCCAUUGAGGCUGCCAGUGCCUCCCUGUCCAUCUGUCCCCAGAACGCACUUGACGAGUAUUCAAAGCCACGUCCUCACAGUGAUGACUACAGCACAACGAAGAAAAUCCCUCCGCCUAAGCCAAUAAGGAGCCCUAACACAAAACUGACUGGGUCCUUUGAGGAGAUACUGUCACCACGUUCUGUUGAAAUGAAGCUAGCCUGCCUUUCCAAAGGGUCACAAGGUUUGGGGUUUCCCCAGCAAUGGGUCACUGCGGAUGGGCUAAGUUAUCCCACGGUCAGCCUCAACCAUUCCCCGGAGGAAGAUGUCUACAUUGAGAUGCUGGGGAACCCUAGGAUCACAGGCUUCUUUGAUGCAAACUUCCCUGAGCAGGAUGAGGCUGUUUAUGAGGAGAUGAAGUACUCAAAGCCUGAGGGGGAAACUGUAACAAUGACGGCUGCAUCAACCACACCGGAUGGGCCAUCAUCCCCAGCAAACACAGGGGUUAAAACUCCAAUAGCAGCUGAAACUAGUCCACUCCAGGGCUUGGGGGGCACACUCAACUCCAAAAGUGGGACCAGAGAUGUUCCAUCCCCCUUUCCUAACUUGCUUCCUCAUAGGCCACCACUUUUAAUAUUCCCUCCACCCCAGGUGCCCUACUCGUCAGCCUUAGAUGAGUCCCCUCUCACUCCACUGGAAGUAAAGAUGUUGCCCAUGCUAGAAACAAACCUGAAUUACUCAAGCCAAGGAGAUGGGGGCAGCCCCCUGUCACCCAAAUGCACUAGGCAGAGAGCUGACUCAUUGUCCACCAUUGCAGCGAUACAGGACAAGUGCGUUACACCUCUCUCACCACCUCUUACAUGCCUCCCCCCUGCCAAACUUCCUCCACCUUACAAGACCCCAUCUUAUGCUCCUUUUCCCUCCGAGACCAGUGUUCCAGUACUGACUCAGAUGGCCUCAGCGGCUAAUGCUUCUUCUGGGUCUCAGAAAGUCAGGUAUGGUUCAGCAGAAGCUCCCCCAGGGAUUGGAAAGACCCCCUACUCACCUGUGAAGAAAGCCCACUCAGAUUCCAGGCGGGCGCAUUCCUGCUGCUCGUCCCCACUGCUCUUCAAUCCAAAUUAUGCCCGCCCCCUCUCUAGCCCCCUGGAUGAGCUCUCCACCAUCUUCAGCACCCCACGCAGCUUGCUAAGGAAGUCAGCAAACAGCAGGAAGAUCCGUGACACUGGAUUCAACUCUAACAUGAACCAAGCAGGGAGGGUGGAUUCUGGCCCCCCCUCCCCAUCCCCGCAGCUACAGGACAAUAAUGCGAACAACCACCCCUUCAGUAGUCCCAUCUCCAUCGAGAACGGAAACCAAUUAUGCAAUGGAUUGGUGGAAAAUGAGAGUCAAUUAAACAUCCCAGUGUCACUUCAGAGACAUGUGGACAGGCAUCAGAGUCAGAGGGAUCAUUUCAGCUUCUCUCCCUUUGGCGAGGGAGCUGCUCUGUGAGGAGGGACUGGAGGGUGGCUGUCGAGGUGGUCCAGCACACUGAAGAUUUCCAUGUCAACCGAAGAUGCCAUCCUUCAGGAUCUCAAUAUGCUGCGUGAGGAGCAGAAUGAUUGACAGCCACUCGACACUCAGGACUGAGCCGCUGAUCUCAGAACAGCCCACACCCUUCUAAAGAAAGUGCUGUCUUAGCAGACAUCACUCACCAUAACCACACACUCUCUCUUCUCAUUUAUUGUUGUUCUACUCUGUUUUGCUCCUGCUCUUCCUUCUCCCAGGUCUGAACUUGGCAGGACCCCAGACCUUGGAUAGAUGCAGCAUUAAUGUCAUGGACAGUAGAAGGAACCUGAGCAGCACAAACAUGUCGUAUGGCCUCAAUGCUUUUGCAAAGACUUGAAGAAGCCAUUUUGGCUCUUUAGGAGUGAAACUACAGAGUGUGACACUUCAGUGCUCUGUUACUCUUAAAGUUAUGUGCAAUUUUCCAAAAACUGUCCUCAGCUGGUGCUGUUUUCUUUGACUACAUGCAUUGCUAACCGUUAUCGCUCAUAUACCUUUUAGCUAAUGCAGUUAAUUUUGUAGGUGCUAUAAAAAAUGAAGAUUAUAUUCAGGUAACAACAUAUUCAGCAUGUAGUCUGAGUUCACUAAUGACCAACUUAAAAUCAGUUGUUUGAUGAAAGAAGUGAGUGCUUGUAUGGUGCUCUUACCACAGCUCUUCUAUACCUUUAUACAUUAAGAAAACUCUCCAUCUUGUGUGGCAAACGGCUGUUUUGUUUUCUGCGUCCACUCGUUUGCUUCGUUGCUUAUUCUAAGAGAAUUGCCAAAUAUACACAGUCAUAGCAUGUUCAAAGUUAUUUAUUUGCACAUCAAGUGAAUAUGUGCUUAGAAAAACUAUUUAAGAUUAGAGUAUAUACAAAUGAACACUAAUACAACAACUAUAAUAAUAAUGAUAAUAAUAAUGAUGAUCUUUUGUUUGAUGAAAAAGUUACUCAUAUCUUGUUGAAUGGUGGUAAGACCACGGCUUUGGUUACCCCGAUAAGCCAGUAACCCCACUUUGUAGUACAGGCCCCGCUUCGUAGCACAGGCCCCGCUUCGUAGCACAGGCCCCGCUUCGUAGCACAGGCCCCGCUUCGUAGCACAGGCCCCGCUUCGUAGUACAGGCCAAGGGUGUGCUAGUGGUUUAGGUACAUAUAAGUAUAUUGGAGGUUUGCUGCAAACCUCAUGGUGAUUUGAGGAGAAGUCUUCAGAAAUGACCAAGCUGAUACACUUUUAUAGCAACAUGACGAUAAAUUUUAACAUAAUUUAUUUCCUUUGAUGGUCUAAUGCUUUUGAACGGUAUGUAGUGCCAGUCAACUCAUUUGGUGUCAGAAGUAGCCACAUACGGCACCUUCCUCAGCGCCCCCCACCCCCACCCCCACCCCUGCCCCUAGCUAGGAUUCCAUGUGGAUGCUGGCACACACUGGCAGUGGGUAUGCACAUUCUCUGACUAAGGCAAACUACUGUUUUAUGGACCACAGGAAACUCUUUAUUUGGGCUGUCUUUAAUCUUGCCCUGAGUAACCUGUUUCAGAAGGUGCUAAGUCUUUUGUUAAUUAGUGAUAAUUAAGCCAUCCUCUUGAUUAAGAUUGCUAAAGGGAUUGUUAUCUGAGUGCUGCAGUCUUUCACUUAAGAUAGCAUAUGGGACUCUUGCCAGCUAAGGUGAUUGGGAAUAAGGUGAUAUAAGACACUAAUUAAGUUUACUGAGGUACAGUUUCACAGGACUGUAUUGGGGACAGCUCAUCGACAUUCAGGGCUUGUAUAGUCCUGACAAUCAAGAAGAAACGUCUGAAAGAUAAAUUACACCAGGACUCCACUGAUAAGUGUAUAUGGCUUUCUUUGCCAUUUUGGAUGGAGGGAUGUUUUCCAAAUUCUUUUCAUAAAUGUCACCAGUGUACAUCCAGGACCCCUUAAAAGGUUUAUAACUAAAAACUGGGGGGCACUAUUACAGUGUAGAGAAAUUCCAGAUAUAACAGAAAGCAACUUCUUUAUUUUAUAUAGUCUUGUGAAAAACAUAUUUAAUAUAGAAUUCUUCAGAAAAAGGUGGCUAGUUGGUACGACUGUAGCUAAAAAGUCAUAAUUACAUGUAAACCUGUAUGCAUUUAUUAGUCCUUGACAUUUAUAAAUCUAUUAUCUCUGUCUUACAUAAGUGUUUGUGCACUAAAGGGGAAGUCUGUGGUCUAGUCAGGGUAAAAACAGAAUUAAAUUUUGUUCUACCUUGAGUUUAUAGUUCCUGGGUGCUCUUAUACAGUCAAUGUGGCCUUAGCAUUACAUAGCCUAAAGAACGCCACAGAAUGCUUAAUUACUAAUUAAAGACUGCUACCAAUGACAACUCAAGACAGCAUUCUGACAUUAGAUGAAUGAAAAGUAAUUCACUGGAAUUUUUAAAUUAUUGUAUUUUGCUAUCAGAAAUAUUUGAAAUGCAGUUUCCCAAAGUUGACCAUCCUUUAUGAUAUGCUGAAUUAUUGAGGUACUAUAUAUGGAUAAAUCUUACUGUGAAAGCUGGUUGAAGACGGUAUCAAGUAAAUAAUUAUUUGUUCAUGAAGGUUAGUUGCAUCAUGGGAACCUCAAUCUAUGUUUUAUUGUAGCAUUUUUGAUCAUUUCAGUACUAAUUUCUACAAAUUCAACGUUCAAGGCUAAACGUAGGUUUGACAUGAUUAGUUUGGGCAUCGUUCACUGUGACUCAGAUGGUAGGCUGGUAAUUAGCACCAGCGAUUAAUCGAAGCACUCAUGUGUGCUGGAUGUAUGUGGGAUAUAUGCUGUUGUUAAAGUUCCUUCCUCGUUCUCUUCAAAGCGAUUUUGAAUUUUGCUGUUGCACAGACUGGAGACACCUGAAACCUUCCACAUCAACCACAGCCAACUCCUAGCACGACUGUUUCCUUCCUGUGUUCAGAUGCACAGACUACUCAGUGUUGUGGUUUUAUUCACCUAUGGCAAUAUUUCAUGGAAAAUUUCAAGAUAACCCUUACAAAAGUGCAGUAAGUGAUUAUGCUGCUUUGUAAUUGCAUGAGCAAAUCAAUCCACAUUUUAUGCCUCAUAUUGUUCAUUUUUGUAGCUGUUUUGGCAUUAAUGUGCACAUUUCUACUGCUCUGGGUGCGGAAAUGUCCUGGAUUAAGUGUUCUGUUCCUUGUGUGACCCACUACAGCAGAAAUGCUGUCAUAUCUAUACUACACAUGCCCAUCAGUAAAAUUACCAGCUGUACCUUGAAAAAGCAAACCCAUUAUGUGUUGCUGCUGUAUCUGUUAUUUGGUUGGGUUUUCCUGUGAAUUAAAUAUAGCUCCUUUUUUUAAUUGUUUGCAGGAUAAAAUAAGGAGUGUUUUGCGGUGUGCAUUUGUUUUUUCAGCAUUUUAUAAAAUACAGUAGAGCAAUAAAGAAUCA